CGGUUCCGCGGCUGCGGGCGGCUCUGCCCGGGCUGGUGCGGGGCCGCGUCCAAACGGCGGCCUCCGGACACUGCAAGAAGUUCGUACGGAAUGCUCGGGCCAGGCAGGAAGGGAGGAAAGAAAAGGAAGGAAGGACAGAAAGGGAAGGAAGGAAGUUGGAGGGGAAACAAAUUGUUGAUUUACGAGUGUAGACUGCUAAGAAUUUGAGGUGAGAAACGUCUCCAGGAUGGAAACAGAGAGCAUGUUAAAGGUAUUUAUACAGUUGUGAGAAACCAAAGAAACUGAGGGACCAAAGCGAGGAAGAGGAGGUGACCUGCCCGACAAGGCACUUCUGGAGGAUUUGUCCAGCUCUGAGGGCACCCCACCAGUCCUGAGGACUCCAAGGUACAAAACAGCCCAAAACUGCUUGUUCUGUUACACAGUGGAGAACGGGUGAAUCCUAAACCGAGGUCUUCCACUAAAGAAGGUGAGUUCUAUGAGGGAAUAGUGAAGAAAUGAAGGGAACCUAGUGCCAAGGUGAAUUCUGUGAGGGAAUAGUGAAGAAAUGAAGGGAACCUAGUGCCAAGGGAAGGAGCCCAAGGAUAUUGUCAGCAGCCGGUCUGCUGCCAGGUGACAUGAGCCUGCACAGCUCCAGUGUGAAGGUUGGAAGGUGCAAGCCAGGAAGUGUCCAGCAGGAUAAAAACAAAUUUUGCGGAGUCUUCUGCUGUUUUCAGCAGCACAUAGGCUUGGCAAAACCCACGGCAAAAUGGUUAUCCAGAAGUCCACCUGGAGUCGCCAAACACGUUGUUGUAUUACACCCGAAAAGUUCAAGGUGGGAUGAAGAUGUAGUAUGUAACGUGAUAGUGUUGAUGGCACGUGGAACACCCAGAGCAGUCCUACCUGCACGAGCAGUGAAAAUCUCCAACAAAGCAACUUUCUCGUUUUCAACCAGUCAGAAAAGCAGCAGGGUUGGGCACAGCUUCUGCAUUCAAGCAAAAAUUUGUCACGUUAGUGUAGUAACCGAUUAGGAAGUUACCAGGGCCCCAAAGACAUGAACCGAACUAUCCAGAAGCUGAUUAAAACGAAGAUGAGUUUAUGAAAUGCUGGUAUUGGGGACCUUGCCGGACUACAGCUCCCGGCGUGCCAAGCGGCCGGACUACAGCUCCCGGCGUGCCAAGCGGCCGUACCACAACGCCCAGCGUGUCCCGCGCUUGUAAGAUGGCGGCGCCCAGGGGCGGCUGGGGCCCGGACAGCGACACCAGCUCGGACUCGGACAGCGGCGGUGAAGCGGCCGCACGGUUCCGGGAAGCUGCCUGGGACUGCACCGCGCAGGCGGCGGCGGCGGCGCGGGCGAAGCUGCGCGGCGGGGGAUUUAGAAAGGAUCGAUUGCAGCCUAAAGAUCAGCCAAGCCUGAGGCGUGAGGCAAUCGGCCGCGAGGAGGGUGACAAUGAGCUCCAGACGACUCCAGAGUUCAGAGCACACAUUGCAAAGAAACUGGGGACCAUGCUAGACAGUUUCAUCACUGUCUUGAAGGACUCAUCAGGACCAUCACAGACUUCAGUGGCACAGUCUGACUCUGAAGAUGAUGGUUUUCGCCUUUUCUCUUCCUCUGUCCCUGGAGACUGUGGGAAACCAGAGCCUUGCUCUGCAGCAAGGAGGAGGAGGCCAGUUAGCUCCAGUGACACAGACAGUGAGCAAGAGUGGCAAAGGUGCCAGGAGGCUGCCGUGUCAGCUGCGGAUAUUCUGAAGCAAAGUGCUUUUCCUGCAUUGUCCCAAGGUUCCAGCCAGGAUCAGAGUCAGGGUUAUGUAGAGCCCAACCAGAAAAAAAAGAAGAAAAAGAAAAUUAGGAGAGAGAACAAUAUUCAAGAGAAAAUUAGAGACCCAGCAGAAUGUGACGAGAUCUGCAAAGAUUUGCCUUGGUUGGUGUCUGCAAAUGGCCAGCAGGAGAGACAUGACAGCAAUCACCGGGAGAACUCUGUGCUGCCAGGAGCUGUGAAGAAGAAAAAGAAGAAGAAGAAGAAAAAAGAAUGAUGAUUUUGCUCUGCAAACAGCAGGUGGUUGUGUUGGGUGAAGGAAACUGAAAGAAAACCUAACAAGAGUUGCUGCAGAUGAGGGAAAAUUAAUUGGCAAAGCUUCUGUUCUAAAAGCUCAGUGGCCUGAGAGACUCAUUUAUUGACUUCCUGUGCUACUGGCAUCCCUGAGGAAGGGAACAUUGUUCUCCUCACACAGCAGUUGUCUGUGCUGCUGCUUAUGCAGGCCCAAUCUAAAAGGAUUAAAUACUGUGCCAGACUUGCAUGGCAGAGGGAUGUGAUCAUAGCUGCAUUCCUUUUGGUCUCUUCCUUCACAUCAUGAAACUCUUCUGGAAAAAAUAUAUGAUGAAUUGAAUUUGGUUUACAUGGCAACAGGUGAUCAACUGCUUUUUCUCUUUGCCUCCUUGUAGACUACUAAGAAUAGCUCCAGCCUGUGGGAGACUCAUUUAUCAAAAGCAUCCUGUCAGAAAUCAGGGCCCCUUAUUUUUUCCCUGCAAUCAUCAUAACAAUCUCUUGUUGAAACCUGCUGUGUUCCUAAUCCCUCUGCAAUCUGCACCUCUCCAGGGCUCCUGCACAUAAACAGUGUGUGGUGAGCUGAUUGCAGGGUUGGUGUAAAUGCAUCCUACUGUUCCAGUUGUUUCCACUGAAAAUUUUCUUCAUGUAUAGGGUUGUUUUUUUUAAUGGCAUCUGUUGUUAUUAAAUUUUACUACACUCUUGGA